UAGAAUCUGUAAGUCUAUAUUCUAUAUCUGAGUGUUUCUCCAGUACUGGUUACAACUAGGUGUUGGUUCACUAAAAAGUCUGUAUUUCAUAAGAUUCAAAUGUGGAAAUACUAGCGUAGUAAUUAACAGGAGUACUUAAACAAUAGCGUGUCCCACAAUUAACCAUUGAUGCGCCUCAAGCGUCGACACGAUCAAUCUCCGGCAAUCUUGCACAAAAAUCUCAUUUAAUCUGUUUUUUGUGAUCUUUUGUGAAUCAACAACCCAUCAGAUUUCAGUAAUGGAGUAUCUGUUAGAGUUUCAAGGCGUCUACAAGCCAAGAAAGACUCUAAAUUUACAAGCAUCAAAGCCUGAGCCGUGUUGCUGUUUUAGAGCGGAGAGAAAAGGAAAGGUUAAGAAAAGCUGCAUACAGAGCCUAGUUAAGCCCACAUGAAAAAGCUUGGAUAAACAGAAAACGCAAAGAAAGAAAACAGCAAGCUAAUAGUCCACUUAAUGUCAUCUCAGCCGAGGUUGGUGAAUCACUAGGUACUGGAUUCCAGACUCCAGUGGCGAAAAGAAUGGCUGUUUCAAGGGCUUUGAUGAAAUUGCCUAGGUCACUUAAGAAAUAUGCUGCAGUUUUUGAUGGUCUCACACAAAUAUUCUCCCCAAGAAAGUAAAGCUGUCAAUGACAUAAGCUUUCUGUGCCUACCUGAGAGAAGAACGCUCAUCUUUCUAAACAACAUUAAAGAAAGUAUCAAAACCUAACUACACUCCACCAACAAAAAAAAAGUCAGAUGUCUAGUGCUCAUAGACAAGUACUCUGCAGUAUCCUUAGUAAGUACAAGAAACUCAGAGGUUGUGCUACUCAUUUCUAACAUUUUGGUCUUCCAAGAAGUUUUAUGUCCAAGUGCAAAUCAGAACAAAUUGCAAGAAAAAAAAACGAAGUGAUUGCAUUGCACAAAAUGCCUUGGAAACAAUAUUCAUUUUUUACAGUAGAGAGGAUGUCUCAAGAACUGAUCCCUCUCAAUCAUCUGUUAGUGCUCAAACAGGAAAACGUUUCAUGCAAAAGCUACUUAACAUAAGAUGCAGUCUUGCUUAUGUGAGUUCUGUUUGAAGAUUUUUCUUUAUAUAGAGGGCAUUAAUAAAUUUCUGAUCAAAAAAGGACACAGAGAGCUGACAUUAAAAAAAAAAUCCAGCUUCAUCACUCGGCGGUGAUGGUACACUGCAAAAGGUAACAAAGUGGCGACCAGUAAAUAAAGAAGGAUCUUUCAAUGACCUAGUGAGAGGUAUUACAUCUAACACUAUUGCUUACAGAAAUAGAAGCUGUUUCUGCUUUCCAUGCAGAAAUUCAUAUGGCAGUCAGUGCCUGCAUGAUGAAAUAUGUGGAUCUUGGAAGGUGUUCAAACUUCAGAAACAAAAUGUAGUGCAAUCUCAGUCAAAUCUUGAAGACUCUUUGGAUGUCAGUCCCAUAUGCUCAAAUUCAAAGGCCCAAACAAAUUCCUUCACUAAUCAAAAGUACAUUGUAAAUAGCUGUGUGAUUGUCAAGUAUGGGGAAAUAUUCUAUCCAGAUUCAAGGAAUCUUAGCCACAUACAUGGAAAGAGUUAACUGUGGUGGAGACUACCGUUUGGGUCUAUCUAAGAUCAAGAAGCAUGUGAUUGUCUGUUCUACAACAUUAACUCUUGACAGCCUGAUAGACUUCCUGAAUGAGUUUUAUGGUAAUCCUAACUUAGAGGUUGUUCUAACAAUAUGUCAAAUGAUGUGGACCCGUGAUGUCACAGCUAUUCUUAGAGACUCUCAAACAGUUAUCAGGGGAAUGAGGGACUUCGAACAAAGAAGCUUUACAGAGUUAAAUCUUCUAGCUGGGGCAGUGAGAGGAGAACUUCCUAAACUGGCACGAGCUACACUCUGCGCUCUUAUUACAAUCAAUGUUCAUGCACGGGACAUAAUUUCAGAAAUGGUGAAAAAACAGGUAUCAGAACUUUUAAGUUUUGACUGGCAAAAACAACUCAGAUAUUAUUGGAAUAUGGAAGUGGACAACUGUGUUGUCUGCAUGUCAAUUGCUGUCUACACCUAUGGCUAUGAGUACCUUGGAGCCUGUCCUAGACUAGUGAUUACACCUCUGACUGACAGAUGCUAUCUCUGCCUUAUGGGAGCCCUACAACUUGAUCUAGGUGGAGCACCUGCAGGUCCAGCUGGUACUGGAAAGACUGAAACAACUAAAGAUUUGGCUAAAGCUUUGGCUAUAUGGUGUGUAGUGUUUAAUUGUUCAGACAGCUUGGAUUAUAAGAUGAUGGGAGGAUUCUUCUCUGGGCUAGCACAGUCAGGGGCCUGGUGCUGUUUUGAUGAGUUCAACCGAAUCAAUAUUGAAGUUUUAUCUGUUAUUGCUCAACAACUUAUUACUAUCAGAAAUGCCAAAGUAGCUAAGCUCAAUAGGUUCAUGUUUGAAGGGCGUGAGAUCAAACUGGUUCAUACAUGUGCAGCCUUCAUCACUAUGAAUCCUGGUUACGCUGGAUGGACAGAAUUACCUGAUAAUUUACAGGCUUUGUUUAGACCUAUAUCAAUGAUGGUACCAGAUUAUGGUCUGAUUGCUGAAGUUAUCUUGUACUCAGAAGGAUUUGAGUCCUCCAGAACAUUAGCCAAGAAAAUGGUUCAAAUGUACAAACUGUGUAGUGAACAACUCUCGCAACAAGAUCAUUAUGACUUUGGUAUGCGAGCUGUUAAAUCUGUCCUGGUUAUGGCUGGCAGUUUAAAAAGACAGAAUCCUGACAAACCGGAAGAUGUAGUUCUGAUUCGAGCGCUUCGUGAUAGCAAUCUUCCAAAGUUUUUGUUCAAUGAUGCUAAACUGUUUCAAGCCAUACUUUCAGAUCUUUUUCCUGGUGUUAACAUACCAGAACAUGAUUAUGGCCAGCUGAAAGAUGAGAUCAUGAACAUCCAACUAGAAAUGAAGCUCCAAGUGGUGGACACACAAGUUGUGAAAGUGAUACAGUUCUUGGAGACUAUGAUUGUCAGACAUGGUGUUAUGUUAGUUGGACCAACUGUGGUGGAAAGACCACAAUUUACAGGAUUCUAGAAAAAGCUUUGACCAGUUUGUACAAUCAAGGUGUACAGAAUGAAUUCUAUCAACCAGUUCAUGUGUAUGUUAUGAAUCCAAAAUCUAUUACUAUGAAUGAAUUAUAUGGAGGUGUGGACAAACAAACGCU